UUCAGAUCGGUCAGCAGCAGCAGAAGCAAAAAGCUCGGCUCGCGACUUGCGGAACGUUUUUCAGAAGUUAUACGGAUAAAUACCAGGUCUAAGCCCUUUAAAUAUUGAUUUUUCACGUUACUACUAUCGUCGCUGACUAAAUCGUCCAACUGAAUUGCAAUCGGUUUUUUCAGUAGCGAAUUUUACCGGCGGCUUUUUGCAAGGCGAUCGCGAUCUUGCAACACUUAAAGUGUGAUUUUUUGUUUUUUGUGUGACGAUUAUAAAUUGAUAUUAAAAUAAAUACAGCUCAAAUUAACUGUAUAUUUAGAAUUGUGGAAAACAAGUGUUAUGUGCGAAAUUCUUGAAAGCUAAACCAUUUAUUCUAUUACAUCGAAAAAAUCAAUCCGGCAAAUACACCAUAUUUGUUAUCAUAACUAAUAAACACACAGUUAAUAUAAAAUAAAAUUUUUUUGAAAAUAAACAACUUAUUUUCAAAUACUAUUGAGAGUAUUCUCUAAUACAAAAUAAAAUUCUUUAAUAUAACAUACAUAUAUGCUAAACAGGUGCUUCAAAUUCAAAUAAUAAAGAGUAAAACAUAAAGUUCUCUAUAUUCUAUACACACUCUUAUGUAAACAUCAAUACAAAAACUUAUUAAUAAUCCCGUCAAGAUUUAAUCGGUACUUGGUAUUAAAUAUUUAAAAAUAAAUAAAGUUUCGUUGAAAAACAUCUGAAAGCUAAAUAACUAAAUAUCCCAGAAAAUAAACUUCAAGCUCCAGUGCAUAGAAACCAGAAAAUGCUUCGACAACCAGCUUAAAGAGCGGAAAAGUAAGCAUAGACACUCAAACACUUAUCUAGAAUACCAGAAACUGCAGACAUGGUUUCGGAGGAGAACUGGAAUAGCGACACAAUGUCCGACUCGGACAUGAUCGACUCGAAAAAUGACGUGUGUGGCGGGGCCUCCAGCUCCAGUGGUAGCUCCAUCUCGCCCAGGACUCCGCCAAACUGCGCUCGCUGCCGCAAUCAUGGCUUGAAGAUCACCCUGAAGGGACACAAGCGGUAUUGCAAGUUCCGCUAUUGCACUUGCGAAAAGUGCCGACUGACGGCGGACCGCCAGAGGGUGAUGGCCUUGCAAACAGCCUUGCGACGGGCCCAAGCGCAGGACGAGCAGCGGGCGUUGCACAUGCACGAGGUGCCGCCCUCCGGUUCAUCUACCAGCACUUUGUUGGGUCACCACCAUCAUCCCGCUGCCCCUGCCCACGUCCACGCCCACCAUGUGCACGCCCAUCACGCCCACGGUCACCACUCUCAUCACGGUCACGUCCUCCACCACCAGCAGGCAGCAGCGGCAGCAGCCGCCGCCGCAGCAGCUCCGACGGCGCCACCCUCCCAUCUGGGUGGCCCCACCGCAGCCGCCUCCAGCCUCCAUGGCCAUGCCCAUGCGCACCACGUUCACAUGGCGGCCGCCGCUGCCGUCUCAGCGGCCCAGCACCAGCACCAGAGCCACCCACAUGCGCAUCACCACCACCAGCACCACCACCAGCAUCCGCAGCAGCAGCCGCCGCCGCAGCAGGGGGCGCUGCGAUCUCCGCCGCACAGCGAUCAUGGCGGAAGUGUGGGCCCGGCCAGCAGCAGCUCGGGCGGGGGAGCGGCCAGCUCCAGCAACGCCGCAGCGGCCACCUCGAGCAGCGGAUCCAGCAACGGCGGGGCGGCAGCCGGAGGCACCGGCUCCGGAAGCGUAGCAGGGGGUGGAAGGUCCUCGGGCACAUCGGUGAUCACAAGCGCGGACCACAUGACCACGGUGCCCACUCCCGCACAGUCGCUGGAGGGUUCCUGCGACUCGUCCUCGCCCUCGCCAUCGUCCACUUCCGGCGCCGCCAUUUUGCCGAUCUCAGUUUCCGUCAAUCGCAAGAAUGGCGCUAAUGUGCCCCUGGGCCAAGACGUUUUCCUAGACUAUUGCCAAAAGCUACUAGAGAAAUUCCGCUAUCCGUGGGAGCUUAUGCCACUCAUGUAUGUGAUAUUGAAGGAUGCAGACGCCAACAUUGAAGAGGCUUCCCGGCGUAUUGAAGAGGGCCAAUACGUUGUGAAUGAGUACUCCCGUCAGCAUAACUUAAAUAUCUAUGACGGGGGUGAGCUACGCAACACAACGCGGCAAUGUGGAUGAUAAUUUUUCAUUAACUAGAGUAACGAAUAUUUCUUUGCCCUGAUAUUUAUUGUUCAGCACCAUAUAUUAGCUUAAUGCUUCGGUGCAAUCGCGCGAAUUUAUCUUUCGUAUCUUAAAGUUGAGUAAUUAGGGUUUUAAGAAGCGAAACCUCUGUACAUAUAUCGAAUUUAUCGGUAAGUUAGAGCGCCUCUUGGACUAUCUUCAAUCAACAAGCCAAAUAUGUCGAUGUUUGAACGCCGGUCCCCCGCGUCACUUUUCUUCAAUCAACAUUACCCCGUGCUGAGAAGUGUGGCAGCCGAUCAACAAGCAACAUUCUCUUCUCUUCAAUCAACAAUCCCCCAGUGGAUCUGAUCAACAUGCAACAAAACCCUUGCCGCCAACGAAUCAAAAUAAUCGAAAAUAUUUACUUAGAGGUCUCCAACAUUUUCGAAAAUGCCAAUGCCAAAUCAACGAUCAACAUUUCAACACGUUCGCAUCACAAAUCCGCACAUUGGUUGUAUAGCUUUAGUUUUAGCUUAUCUAAGUCUUGCUUUACAGAGAUAACUAGGCUACUUUUAGGUUUGAGAGUGAUUUUCGUUUAUCCGAUGUCACAGUCUAUUUAAACCCAUUUAAAUCACCCCUCUCCAGACAUUCGUGUUAUUUUUCGAUUACUCAAUGAAUCUAAGUACAAAGUGAUGUCUUUUAAUUGCACUUAAUGGGGGUCGAGGAGAAAAAUAUGUUAAAGAAUCAUUAAAUAUAUGAUUAAAAGUUAAUCUCAAUUUUCUUCUCUAAGUGUGAAUUUAUAUCUAAACAAGGUACUUGGAAAGUAACCCUUCUUGGGUUCUCGGAAUCAAAACUGUUGUGAGAUGGUGCACAAAUUUAAUUUAUGUUUAGGCUAACUAUAUCGAUGUCUUGUGAAACUCUAUUUGUAAUAUUUAAUAACAACAAUAAUUCUCAUUGACAUUGUAAAAUAUUGUUACCAACUUAAGUAAGAUUUAGCCCAACGGAAUAUUAUAAAAAGGAUAAACCUGAAAUGUCAAAAAUAAACUAUUUUCCUUAAACAAAA